GAAGAAUAAUCGAUGUCACUGAGAAAUGAAAUCUUAAAUUUUUUAAUAUUUCUAUUAGAUAGAUCGACCACUUUGACACAUGAAUGUCGGUCGGUAGCUUAACGAAACGAACGCGAUAUUUUGCAAUAGAAGUCGCAUCUUUUUUAAUAACAGGUGGUAGCAUCGGAGUAGCUGCGUUCGCGUGUAUAUUUCGAUCGCGUGUAUUUACUCAUUCGGUGGGUCGCUCGGUGGGUAAAGAAAGACGAUCCUGUGCAUCCAGCUCUCGCAAGCGAAAAGAGAUUGAUCGACCGGUGUCUGAGCGCGAACACGUUCUCGAGGAUGCUGCUGCACACGCGGCGCAACCGACGAGUGUCGAACAAUGCGGCCUACUCCAGGAACUUUCUUUCCUCCAAGAGCACCCGUUAAUUCAAAGGAACACGCGAUCUGCAUUCUUGUAGCACGUGUUUACUGACACGUGGCUCGCUCGAGAGGCUGUCAAACGAUCCAUGGAAUCGCGCAACGUCUGUCCAUAUAUUUUCAUCGAACCAACUAUUUCUCCAUCUCGUAAGUGUUCUUGAAUAGAUGCGAGAGUAACGAAGAAAUGGAGACACUUUACACGGGAGCAAUCCACGGGUUUCCCCAAUCGAACGGUGGACUGUCUAAUGGAAUAUCUACGGGAAUUGCCAGCUCGUUCGAUCAAGACGGCGUGUUGAGUCUCAUCGUCGUUCUAGGCGGAAGCUUGUCUCUGGUUGCUCUGGUCUUUGCCUUCAUUACCUAUAGCCUAUUCUCGGACUUAAGGAGCCUGGCGGGUACGAUCCUUAUGAAUCUCUUGGCAGCUCUCUUUAUGGUUCAACUGCUCUUCAUAGUUGGAGUAGGUGGCGUUCAGGACUGGGAAUUAUGCAUCUCUCUGGAGUUGAGCUUGCAGUAUCUUCGGAUGACGGUGGUUUGUUGGCUGGCUGCGAUGUGUCAUCAUCUUUACGCAACCGUUGCUUCGAUCCCGCGUCGCGACGAUCCACCAUCUUAUUUGAAAUACAGUCUGUUCGCCUGGGGUGCACCAUUGCUCGAUCUGGCCAUCGCCACUUUCCUACAGAUACGUGAGGCGACCGUCAUUUGGAACAUAGCGGAUCUUACACCUUUCAAUUGCUGGUUUCUAGGAACGAAGGCAACGAUUUAUGCGUACGGCUUGCCAGUGGCUCUUCUGCUUCUUUCCGCCGGCUACUAUCUAAUCAAAGCUGCGAUUGUAUCCAGAUACACGUGCAGCAUGCAACUGGAAAUUAAGCAACGCGAGAAGAUGAAGAGAAGGAGAGCGUUGCAAAUUAUUCUGUUUUUAAAAGUGUGUUUAAUAGUGGGUCUCAUAGCUGGGUGCGGGGUGGCGUCCAGGGUGUGGAAAGUCCCUUUUCUCUGGGCUGUAUUCUGUACUGGACAUUCUUUGCAGGGACUAGUUGUAGCGCUAUCCGUCGCGUGCAACUGCAGAGUUUUGAAAAUCUACACCAAGAAGUCGUACAAGCAACCAAAACAACAGAUCGCGCAUUCUAGUAGCAGCAGCAUGCAACUGCUCGCACCUGCACCAGAUCCGGUCUAGAUCCACAAAUUUUCGGCUACAUUUGCGGACGAAGCCACCAACGAAGAUGAAAGUAAAGGGCCAUCGAAACAAAGGAUUUCCAUUACAUUUUUCAUCUAAACGUAUCUCUCGCUCUCUCCGAAAUGAUUCUCUAGUGCAGCAACAUAGAUUCGAGAGAUAUUCUUCUCCUUCUAUUACAUUUACGAAACUGAGACAUAUUUCGAACAAAAUCGAUUUUCAUUUGCUGCUCGAGAACGGUUGAAAACAUUGGAAAGAUAUCAAACGUUUAAAGCUAAAUAUCACUGUGAACUUUGACGAUUCUCUGCUGUGCUGUUUUCUUGGGUCAAAGAUUUAUUCGAUUAUAGGAGAAAAAAAGCACGGACAAGGAGAGAGUUCAGGAGAAACGAUCUCGAACGUGAAGAAAAAGAAACGGCGAGAGAACAGUCGUAAUUUACUUUAAAUUACGUUUUCCGCUUUCCGGUGGCCGCGUUCAAAGCCUGCGAGCCAAACGCGCUUGAGUAGAGGCUUUUCGUGGCAGGAAGCGGUAGCGAAUAUCGCGCGCCGUUCCAAACCAGCGAAACUGGAAAGAUCAAAUUUCAUGAGUCUAUCGCGUCAGUGGCCACAAAGACGACCACCGGACGCAAAGAGAUUAUGUCGAGAUAGUCGCGUCAAUGUAUUGCGUCGUUGUUGAUAUCACAAGCCUUGCAUUCCGUGCACGUCGAAUGCCACGCUGUAAACGGCAUCGCUCCGCACUACUCCGCACAAUUUCACCAGAUCGAAUUGGAAGUAGACGUACGAGUAACUCUUAACAUAUCCGCCAUAUCGUCUCUCGUCGCAUACACGAAUGCCUCUUUUUUUUGCCUUAUUUUUCGAUCCAUUUUACGAAACUACUUUAUUUUCUCGACCUUCGUAAGAAAGAGUAAAUCGCGUAGAACCACCAACGAAGCAACUAGCGCCAACGGAUAGAGAGUAAAUCAUGCGGCAUUUCGGUAAUGCGAGUAUUUGCUCAUUACGGAGAAAAUCGGAACGAAAGAGGAACGAAAGAUGAAAAAGAAUGGAUCCAAUAUGAAAGGAGCGGAGGCGCGGUGCAUUCGGAAGCGCGUUCGGGAACGCGUUCCCAACGGUUUUGCGGCUGUCAUUUCCCUGCGAUGUAAUUAACACUUGGUAAUCACCUAUGCGAUCGCGUUAGUACACCUAACCACCAGCACUCUGUAAAUGUAAACGCAUGUAGUUAUGAGGAAAUAAAUAUUUUGAAAUCCAAUAGAAA